UUGUUCUACCGAACGCCGUUGUGCUGCGAACGCACGCGCGAAAAAUCGGCGCGUCCGAAGAUGCGUCCACGUGUCUGAUCGUCGUACCUGAAUCUCCAUCUGUCGUCGUUUCCCGUACGUCCGUCCGAACAUCCGCGCGCAUCCCUGUGAUAUUAUCGAUAUUCGCCGACCAGAGUGAAGCCUGAACUCACCAGAACCAGACUUUCGCUCGAAAGUCCACCUUCAGUCUGUCGGCGCGAAUCCGCGAGAACGAAAUCCCGGCCGAACGGAGGAAAAAAAGGAAACAGUGUUUUCCGUGCAGUCCGAGCAGCACGCUCCGGAACACCGUGAAACGUCCGUUGCACCGGCCCGGCUAAAGUUUCUCCGCUUAAUCCGUUAUCGGAGAAAGUAUUACGGAUUGCCGUGGGACAAAUUGUGCCUGUGGUGACUUGAGAUGAGACAUAGGAUUAGACGCGACUAGUAGCAAGAAUGACACGGACGUUUUCGUUGGGCCUGGUAGUGGCGUUGCUGCUGGUACUCGCUAUUACCGAUGCUUCUCGUGGACGGACUAAUCAGACGGACGAGCAGAAAGUGCAGGGUCGCGGUAGCACGCGAUUUUACUCACAAUCGACGACAGAAUUGGACAACUUCCCCGCAUCGGCGACCGAAGCGUCGAGGCCAUCUCGAGAUAAAAGCACCCGUUCAGAAUCGACCUCCGAAUUAAAGAGACACGAGUCGCAUGUCGCGAGAGAAAGUUCGGCCGGGUCGCGAUCGAAGCCGAACCUGUCAAAAACGACAGGUGGCCUUGGUGACGCUACGUCACAGGCGAAUGCAAGACAUUCCGAUGUCGGUAAUCCACGAAAUCGUGCGAAUUCGCAGUUUCCCAAGGCAGAAGUAGCAAAAGCUAGACGGGACAGCAACGAAGGGAACGUAUUUGAAUUGCAAACGCCGAGGCGGACGCAGGCAGCGCCGCGGAGAGUGUCUUUGGAGGCACCUCUUUCUGUCUUGCAGAACAGCGGAAAACUGGAUCUCGAGGUGUUCACCAAAUCACCCAGUCGCUCGAGGUCGCGAACGGGACGGAAGAUUUACCCAAAUUUCAACGAGAAGGAACUGAAUAGCCAAGCGGCGCGACCCAGGAAACUUCCCGUUGUUAAGGACGUCGAGAGUUCGGAUAGUCGACCGGAGAGGAAAGAAGCGAAAUUGCACACGGAAUAUUUGAAAAAGUUUGCCGACACCGCGGAGAACAUCCUUCCACGAGCGAAUGUCUAUUCGUCGUCUUCGAGGACGGACACGACGCUUGCAAAUAAUAAUAAUAAUAAUUCCACCGAUAAUAAUAAUAAUAAUAAUAAUGAGAAAAUUAAGGAACGAGAUCUACCACUGUCGGGCUCCGAGAGCGUCAGAGUGGACAUCCCGCUGACGGAGGUGCGAGUUGACGCUUCUAAUCCUUCAGCGUCCGCCAGCGUGUUCCCGAGGCAAGUCGCGAGAUCACCGAAGGAAAAGGCUUCAGAUGGCAACGAUAUCGCGAGAUCGAGCUCGAAGAAGAGCAACAGGCAGUCCGAUCGAUCAAAGUCUCGCGGCAGAUCCAAAUCCGCGAAAAAUCGCGACGGCGAGGCGACAAGUUCCACUAACGCUUCCCGUAAACGAGGCUCGUCCGCGCUCGGCGGCGCCGCGGCGUUCGCGGAGACGAACGCACGAGGCAAUUCCAAUACUAGAGGGAGACCUAACGCGAAGAACGUCCAGUCCAGAAGCCGUUCCUCCCAAAAAUCCAGGGAUACCGCGUCGGAAGCGAGGAGCAGAAGCAGAUAUUUGGACGUCGAUCUCGGGACGAGCGCGAACGUGCACACGGAGACGAGACGUAGCUCGUCUAAUAACGAUAGACGCGGACCCGAGGCGAAGCGUAGAUCCGGCGACAGCAGGACGACGAAAUUCGUGGACACGAGGACAACGGAGGAGCAAGACGUUCGGGCGCAAUCCAGGGCUCGGUCGCGCGUCACCAGCAGCCAAGACGUUACCACCGCAUACAUUCCGAAGUUGACCAUCGCCGAGUCUACGACCGUCUCUUCUGCGGGCGCAGAAGUUACGACAUCCAGUUCCGUGUCUCCGGUGACCAGAACGCCGGCGGCUGCUCGAACAUCCACGACCGAUCGGAGCUCUCGCAGCAAAGGAAGGGACAGGGGAGAAAGUACCCGGUCGAAGAAACCUCCGAAAGAGGAUUUCUUUAAUCACGGCCUAGGCUUUCGCGGUCGAAAGAGCUCGACCGAUGGGACCACCUCGAGUGCUGUCGAUUUGAAAACCACUACGCCGAAAAGCGAGACGCAAUUACGAUCCGGCAAUCCCGGAUGGACUCUCAGACGGCGACCUGGUCACGUCAAUCACGAUGCCUCGUCGACUACUUCCAUACCCAUUAAUCGGGAUCAGGCGAAUGAAGUCAUUUCGUCCAAUGAUUCACUUAGGAGCACACCAGAAACGCUGUUGAGCAAUGCGAAAGCCGGCAGAAGAGGCACUAAGAGACCGAAAGCGAAAGACGAGAGUAACACCGUGUCGGGCGUCACGGCAAAGAGCACGACUAGGGGUAGCAAAACGUUUGACAAAACGAAGAGCCUCGACUUACCCAAAAAAGUAGAGGAGGAGAGCGACAAUUAUCCUCCGGCAUUUCGGGCGAGGCUGUCUCAGCUGAAAAAUUCUAACUCGAAACCCACCGUGGCGAAAGGCAUAACCAGAACCAGUUCCCAGGCUUUCGCAUCGGAAAGCUUUCGUUUACAGAAGCUUUAGGACAUGGGCGACGCAGUGAACAUCCAAACGAGACUGGAUCAAACGAUUAUCAUGAUGCAAGAAGGUGGCGAGUCCUCGACGAGAAGUUUUCUCAAGAUGCUAUUUAAUAUGCCGAUUGCAAAAGGUCGCGAGAGAGAGAUAGCGUGAUUCUUUAUGGAAAUUUCCUAUUGAUCAAGUUUUUGCAUCGCAAUUGUAAUUUCAGUUCACGUCCAGGCCGCUUUCGACGACAGAACGAAAAGCGAAUAGAUGAGACUGUCGAUGGCAUGCGAUAAAUUAAUGAGAUCGGGAAUUUUACAAGCCAGCUACGAUACGGUCGACUUUUCUCUUUGUUCUUACGUUGCCGGUUAAUUCGAGAGAGAAAGUAUACUCGAAGGUAGGUCAUUGAAGCGAGUCAAGUAUAACCACGUUGUUACUUGAACGGAUAAUUGAAUUCGAUCUUACGUGUUUCACGGUUUGUGCUGCGGAAGUAUAUUAUUAUUUUACUCGAGGAAUGUGCAACAAAUUUGGUAGAUACGAGUAGAAAAUGAAACUUUUUUUUAUAACUGCACAAUUUUAUCCUUUGUGCUUGAAAGAAAAAACGUAUGUUUUGAAACAAUGUGUCGAGUGGCAUUUCUCUGAGCAACAUUUCAAAUAUGUAUUAUGGUUUCCAAUCUUAUAUAAGAUUUAUAAGAAGACCAGACAACACAUAUAUACACACUCACAUUACUCACCACUUUGCUUUGCUGCGCAACGAAAAAAAGUGAAAGAGAGUGACACGGUAGGAAAAAAAAGGAAAGGGAAAGGGAAUUCGAUAUUAUUGCGUCGCACAGACGGCAUUUAUUAUACUUGUUUGAAGCACGGGUACAAAGUACAGUAUAUAAUUGCACCGUACGACUGCUUAUUAGAAAUAUCAAUUCGAUUAGAAAAUAAAUAAGAAGUGAAAGAACACAAUCGCUUACUCUCACACAAAAGUAAUACUCCGAGCUACAAGAUGUUUAACGUUUUAGGUGAGCGAAAAUAAAUUUUCUUUGGAUUACGACACAUUUAUAUCUAAUAUAAAUAUAUUCGCUUGUAGAUAAUACAUAUGUAUAAAUGCACAUAAAGUGGAUCUAAAAAAAUAUGAUGUAGAACAAUCGAACUAAACAUUUUGUUCCACCGAAUUGUAAUUAGAUUGCGCAAAUGUAUGCUUCAAGGAUAGAGAAUCGAUAACACAGGCCGACAACAAAAUGUUUGUCAAGUGAUUCUAAUUAGAGGAGGUGUGUCUUAUAAAUUUUCGGUCACAAAAGCUGUCGUUGGCCAAAUUGCUUCAUCAUGUCAGGUUUUAAAGUUAUUUUGAAUAUUAAGAUGAGAAGCCAGCUAUUUUAUCGGCUAUUCAUCGGCUGCAUACAUUCUUGCUAUUAAAAUGUCAAUAUUUGAAUCAAUCUUCUUAAAAUUUUUUCAUGUAUUUUUAAUAAAAUUUUUUAGGGAGAUUUCGUUACGAAAAGAGCGGAGCUUAUAGCAUUGAAAUCCGACUAUUCGUUCUCAUUAAUCUGACCAAACAUGAGAAAAAAUAUUUGUUUUCCUACACACCGUAUCCUUAACGAACAAACAUUUUUGCUAUUUGUGAGGCGAUUUUUUAUCCUUUGCUGAUAAGAAAUAAAUGUGUAAAUCAAACAUUCACCUAUUUGUAUUACUUUAUUGACAGUGAUUUAUUAUACACUUUUUCCUAUGAAUUCCUCAUCUUAAGAUUCAAAAUAACUCUAAAAUCUGACGUGAUUGAGCAAUUUGGUCAGCGACAUUGUUUUCCUGUGGCCGAAAAUCUCUAAAAAUUAUCUAUUCUGAUUAGAGUUACUUGACAAAAAUGUUUUUUGGUCGGCCUGUGUAAUUGGCAACAUCGACACACAUUCGCUAAAUUUCAUA